AUGAACACCAACACCUUGACGAAUCGAUACAUCGCGGAUGCUCAACGCGCCUCGUCCUUGAUUUCGUGGUCCAAGAAUGGAUUCAUCGUUUAUACCCCGCCCACGAAAACGUGCGAGCACAAUUUGCUAUUGACGUAUUUGGAGAAUGUCGACAAAUGUUGGCGAUUGGCCAAACCGCAGCCGAUAGACGUCAAGCUCGAAAACAGUUUCCUUCCCGAGAUUUCGUUGGUGUCCUGGAGCACGCUCAGCCUUGAUCUUGCCGUUUCUGACGUCUACGGGAAUUUCUACAUCCUCAUGGCUGGAGUCGGGCUCCUCGAGACCAAGGACUCGUCGCCGAGCUAUCAAUUGACGUCGUACAACCACAUGGAGAUGAUUUACCGCGACGUUAUCAACCAGGACAUCAAGUCUCCGCUUAACCCUGGAGCCUCGAUUGUGGCGUUCAAGUGGUUGAAUAUUGAAAAACCGCAGAUUUCCAACAAGCCCGCGGCAUUGGUGACGCUUGAGCUGAGCUAUAUGUACACUUAUGGAGUGAACCAGUUUUCGCCGUAUGGAGUCACCCAUCCGAUCCCCACGAAGCAGGCGUGUUUAGCGCUCAGGAAAAACGGGCUCUUGAUGUUGUACUACCAGGGGGAACACAAGGUGGAGUACCACAAGGCGCUGAUUCAGUUGGUGGAACUGGACCUCGUUGUGAUUGACAAGGCGUCGAUGGGGUUCACCAAUGAUGGACAGGUUAUUGUGUCGGCUUGGGAUUCGCUAUCCGAUGACAUUGUCACGUAUUCCAUCACCAUUGACUGGGGUUUUUUGGUGAAGUCGGCAAAGAGACAAAAAUCGGAUCCUCAUUACCACACGGCGAAGGAGAAUCAAACUGCACCAACGUUGACGUUGCGCGAGAUUCACCGAAUGAGACCCUUGCAGGACUUGACUUCGAUAGACGUAAUUUCCGCCAACGCAGAGAAGGGCUCGCAAAUGAGCAUACUUGUCAGUUAUGGUCUGACCAUUUACAGGCACCAGUUGGUGGAAGUGGCGGAAUUGAUAUCGGACGGCUUUUUGCAGCUAGGCAAUGCAGCUGCCAAGGGAGCAGGAGCAGGAGCAGAAAGUUCAAUUUCAAGUUUAAAGACUGUUGAGCUCGUCGAUACGAUUCAAAUGCAGUACCCGAUACGGUCAAUCGUUAGCGCGGCGUCCGACUUGUACACCAUCAUUUAUUCCCGCAAGAUUGACAUUGUGAACAAUCUGACGUGGAGCAUUAUAGGCGACGCAGACUUUCCGCCGCCGACCUUGUCAACCAUGUUUGACGUGGGUUUCGACUUUCCGGCAAUCGAAACUGAUAAGCCCUUGAUUGUGGCUGUUUCACCCAACUUGACCUCGUUGGUCUACACCACGACCUAUAGCAAUAGCCUCGAGCUCACCAUCAAGCCACUCGAAAAAAGACUGCAUCUUGGCUUUCAACCAAAGGAGUUGUUUGCAACCUCGGCGGCAUUUGCAUACAUGCACGCUUUUGCAUGCUACAGCAACACGUGCUCCGAUGACUUGUUGCUCCUCAUUCAAUCGGAGAUUGAUCGACUUCGAAGCUUGUUAUCGAAGCAAAUAACAGAAAAGGUCAAUGUCAAGCUUAUUGUCAACAAGUUUAUCCUAUCGCUUAUUAGCGAAUCGCAUAAAGCCAUCAAUUUCCAGCUCGAUGCCUUCAGCAAGGAGUCUGUCGACAAACUAUUAUCGAAUCCGCCAUUGCAGAAGCUACUUUCUCUCCAAUCAGUUCUAGGCGACGCUAACGACAACCCCGUGAUGUCUCAAAUUGCCUGGAUUGUGCUAAACUUGAGGUCGGUGAGUUUUUCGGUGAUGUUCACGUUGAGCACCAUUUACCGACAGAUUUCCAAAAAAACACCAGCCGAGGACACCAUGAAGGACUCCUCCACACGAGCCGAGAUAAUCAUGUCAUUGAUUGGGAAUUUGGCGUGGUUCUCGGACCUUUUGAAAUUGAUGUCGCAGCAAUUGGUGGAGAUUACCUGUUUCAAAAGAGAAAACUUGCCCGUGCUUCCUUUGAUCUUGACCAAGAUUUCGCGGUUAUUUUUGCUUUAUGCGAUAUCCUCAAUUUCAAAAGUGCAUCAGCUACUCAAGAAAUUAGGUGGAGACUUGGCCGAGUCGAACAAAUUGUACGAGCCAAUGAAGUCGGCAUUGAACCGGUUCUUCAACAUCACGGCGACGAUGAACCUCCAGCCGUUUGAAGGGUUUUUAAAAGAAUUGGACGCGCUAAUUGCACGGGAGAACACCAAGGGAAAUAUGAAGAUUGACGAGCUCAAGUUGAUACUAGGGGAAGUGGCACCAGAGUUGAAAACCUUGGUGGAACAACGAUGGCUCUUGAAAGACUCGAAAGUGGACAUUUUCUACAACACCGACUGGGUCCUCGACAGAAGGAAUAAGGAUCUGUUGCGCAAAGUGAUGAUCUUUGGCGACAAGUGCCGCAAGUGCACGCGAUGCGCCGCGGUAUCCUUGAUCAACGACCCGUUGGUGUUUGAGAACUUUGCCAUUGGGUUAUGGACGAUGGUGUUUCAGCGAACGUGUAUCUGCGGCAACAGCUGGGUCAAUAUAGACUGA